UAGAAAUCAGCUACAUGCUAUGGAGAUGACAUAAAGUUAAGAGAAGAGAAAGACCACUAUAGUGCCAAUUUUUUGGAGUCUGCUAGUAAUUGCACAACAGAACAAGACAAAAUGGAAAUCGAAAGCCUUGUUUCAGAACAUAAGGACAGCAUAGUCAGGACCUCAACAUAUGGAACAGAGAAUCAAAGUCACUUACUUUCAACAAUUGCCAGUCACAAUGGACUGAAAGAACGACAUGAAUCUUUGGACAGUGAGGUUGCUAAAGAGAUCAGAUAUCUUGAUGAGGUGCUAGAAGCAAAUUGUUGUGAUUCUGCUUCUGAUAACCCCUUUAAUGGGAUGACUUCCUCUUCUCCUGAGAGAAGUGUAGCUGUUGCUGUGGAUGGUUCUAGUCCAUCUGUUCAUGUUACUAAUGAUUUCCCAGCACUCGAUGGGCAUAAUGGCAUUAAAGUUGGAGGACAGACACAUCCAACCCUUGAGCACAGUGGAAUUAACACAGCAUCUGGGAAGCUAAAACCAAAUGGCCAUUUUGUAGAGAUAUUACAAGAGAAACCCUGUGACACUUUGAAAGUGCCAGUGAGCCCAUGCUCUUCCACAAGCUCAAGGUCCUCCAAGGAUGGAGAGUUAACAUUAGCUACCAUUAAGAAAGAAGCCAAGUUUGAGCUUAGAGCAUUUCAGGAAGACAAAAAGCCAUCUAAGCUUUUUGAGGAAGAGGAUCCAGGAGAGAAUUACAGAGUGCGUAAAGUAAGGCCUUCUGAUGAAAUAAUAGAAUUGGAAAAGGAGAGACGAGAGCUCAUCCGAAGCCAGGCUGUCAAGAAAAAUCCAGAAAUAGCUGCAAAGUGGUGGAAUCCACCCCAAGAGAAAACAUUAGAGGAACAGCUGGCUGAAGAACACUUGGAGUCUCACAAGAAGUACAAAGAACGCAAACAGAAGCAACAGCAACAACCACCAUCAAUGCCUGUAAAGCAUGCCUCCUAUUCCUAUGCACCAUCAGAUUCAGCUGAUAAAAAUCAAAAACUUGAUAUUGUCACAGAACAAAUAGAUUUUUCAGCUGCUCGGAAACAAUUUCAGUUAAUGGAAAAUUUAGAUCAGCAAAACAAUUCAGCUGCCCUGAAACGAUCAGGGACCCCUAAAAUGUUCACUAUCCAACCGUUCUAUAAACCAAUAGGUCCAUCCCAAAUGGACCGGCGAACAAUCUCUGCUACAAAACCUGUGACUGUAUAUGGGCAAGCUGGUAAUAAUGCGGUAGCUACUACAAAUACUGAGAAGCUGUCCUUCAUCUCAGAUGACAGCAUUAAUCAGAAUAUCUCUGGUGGUCCUACAGGACCGACUCUUUAUGGCGACUCUACAAAGUGUGUUCAGGCCAUCAAGAUAUGGUCAGAUGAUGAUGAAUUCACAAGUGCCAAAGCAGUCCUUACAGUGGUAAAGGAUGAUGAACAGAGUGUAUUAGAUCAGUUCUCAAAAUCAAUCAGUGUUUCUUUUCCUCCAGAAGAACUAGACUCUGGUUUAGAUGAAUUGUCCGUCAGAUCACAGGAUACAACUGUUUUGGAAACUCUUUCCAACGACUUUAGCAUGGACAAUAUCAGUGACAGUGGUGCCUCUAAUGAAACAAUGAAUCCCCUUCAAGAAAAUUCCCUCACUGAUUUCUCCUUGCCCCAGACUCCACAAGCUAACACACCUUCUGAAUGUCAAGAUGUUCCAAAGUCACUUAGUGAACAUGGUUUUUAUUCUCCUUCACCACCACUAGUCAACUCUGUGCUGACUGAAGAGCAGUUGGAAUAUCAGGCUGAUCUCCUGGUUCAAAAUGCUAUUCAACAAGCCAUCACUGAGCAGGCUAAUAAAAUGAAUUAUCAGCAAGCAAAGGAUAUCAUGGGCCAAUCGAAUGGGCAGGAACAAGAAAAGCUGAACAGGGGACCAUAUUCUGAGAACCAGCAUGGUUCAACGUUUCAGCCACCUCAAGUGUCAUCUCCUAUGCAAGAGAAACGUGAUACAACACCAAAGACAACUUCAGAUUCUGCACUCAGGGAAAAGCAACCAUCUCCUGUUGCUUACACCACCCAAGCCGUCAGUGUGGAAGAAGUCAAGCCAGAAGUCAGCUAUUUUAGCAAAUAUUCAGAAGCAGCUGAGCUUAGAAGCACAGCUUCCAUUCUGGCUGUGCAAGAAACAGAGGUGACAGUAGGGCCUUUUAAAUUAAGGUCAAAAAAGCAGAGGACUUUGUCCAUGAUAGAAGAAGAAAUACGUGCAGCCCAACAGAGAGAGGAGGAACUAAAAAGACAAAGACAAGAUAUGCAUCUAAUACCGAACCCUGUCACGAAGAGUGCGCCUCCACCAUCCACCCGAACUGCAUCUUACAAAACUGCACCAGGUAAAAUAGAGAAGAUCAAACCACCUCCAUCUCCAACUGGUGAAGGUCCCCCCUCGCAUCCCAGCUCCGCAUCAGAUGAAUCUGGAGGAUCCCAAAGAGCCAAGAACCUGAUGCAGACGCUUAUGGAAGACUAUGAAAGUCACAAAACCAAAAGGCGGGAGAGGAUGGAUGAGAACAGUUACAACUAUAAAUUACUGUCUAACAAGGUUACUUCUGAGGUCCUUGAGGCUACUAGAGUUAAUCGUCGGAAGAGUACUCUAGCAUUGCGGUGGGAAGCUGGCAUAUAUGCUAACCGGGAAGAAAAUGAAUAGACUUUUUGGCAAAAUCUCAGAACUUUUUUUUUUAUUGCAGAGACCAGGAAACCAAAUAAGAAAGGGGCGGGGGAGUUUUAAUGUUUAACAAAAGCUGCAGCAUUUUAAUCUGGUAUUUAUUACAAACAAACAAGUCUCUACAAUACAUAUUAGAGCAGGAUCAGUUCAUAUAUAUUACAUGCAUACAUGCACAAACACAACAAAGAAUAAGACAUGCAUCUGCUGUCCUCUCUGAAACAACUGAAGAAGCAAAUAAUAGUCAUGGAGUUGUCAUCAUCAUAGUUAUAAGAAACUACAGCAGUGAUCAUCCAAGAGAAUACAUUUCCGAGUGAGUAGAAUGAACCAUGGUAUCCUUCGCAAUGUUUGCUUCACUUAACUUUUGGAAGAGGAAGAAUCUGGAUUAUAUACCUUUUGACCACAAGAUGGCACUUCUGGAUAUGAACAAUUUCAACUUUCUUCCUGCUUGGGUUUUACAACACAUAAGUGGCAUUUCUAAGGGGCCUAUUAUUCUGUUAUAUCCUAGGUAUAACAUAGCGAGGGGGUGGGGGUGGGACGCUUGAUUUUUGCUAUUUUGAAAGAACCCGGAGAGGUUCUUGGAGUCUAUGUAACUGUUUCUUUUUAAAGAGGCUGUUAAUUUGCAAAUGUGAAUGUACAAUCCAUAUAUUUAGCCAUAAAUGCAACGUAUUGUUUUUACUAAUACUUUGGAAAGUAUGGAGAGAUGGCAGAUGGUUUAUGUUUUUCUUGUAUGUGUUGUUGCAAAUUUGCCAUCCUGAUUUUUUUUUUGUUCUCCCCAUAAUCAGUAUGCUUCAUACAAUUCCUUUAAUAUUGCUGCACAUUCUAUAGAUAAGUUAGAAGAUAUAGAAAGAAAUGCCAAAUGGGAAUAUCUUAAUUCUAGUGGUUUGUAUGCUUGCAGUUAUGAGGUUGGCCUCAAUGUGUAUUUGUAUUAUCAUUUGUGCUUAAUAGGCUACAAGUAUUAGAUACCAAAAGAGGGAAUAUAUAAUAAAAUCAAUAAGAAACAAUCACUGAGUUAGGAAGGUAAUCAGAGGUUUGAAAAUGUUUUGAGUAUUUUUUACUAUAGCAAUAAUUGAUAUUCAGCAGAUUGAUAAAUAGAAGAAUAUGAAAGAAAAAUAGUUAUAUCUUUAACUAUAUUUAUACUAUAUAAAUGUCUUACCUUAGUAUUAUUAAAGCAUGAGGAGGAUUGUUUUGCAUUUCCAGAAAAGGAAAGUUGUAGAAGGUAGCAGAGAGAGGAAUCAGAGACAGAGUUUGGGGCCAAAGGAUUAUUUGUGCUGUUCCAAUUAUGUUUUCAAAACUAAAAAAUAAUGGCGCAUCUUUAGUUGAAGUGUAGAUUGCGAACUCACAACAGAGGAAUUAGAGAUGCGUGAGCGCAAUUUCUGUAUGUGUAAAUUGGAAAAACAGGAUCAUAGAGAUUUGGUUGUACAAAUUAUUUUCUCCAAAGCUGUUUGUCAGUUCUAGGGGUAUAAACAUUUCUCUUUUUUUCUUUUUUUAUGAAAAGGGAUCUAAUAUGGCACUAAGCCACUGCAGUAUUUGUAAUAACAAAGCUGACCCAAUAUGGUAUUUGCAUGAGUUACUAUUUCAAAAUGUAUUGAACAAUUUUAUAAUCUGAUAUUUGGAAAAGAAAAAUGGUAUUUAUUCUUGCCAGAGUAUUAAGAGCUGCCAGAAUAUUCUUUGUUCAGGGAAUGCAGUGGAGUAUUGGAAAUCCAUAAUUUCUAAACUAGAAUAGAUAAUAUUUUAGGCAAUGGAAAGAAUGUUAUAUGAAUCUUUAAAAAAAAAUACCAUUGCCUAUUUUUAAAGGAAAACCAACAAGCAGUCAUGUAUACAUUUCACUUUCCAAAUGUUUCAUAUUGUGAGCAGAAUUUUUGUAUAUUUCUGGUAUUUGAAUUUAGAAGACAAGGAACAUACAGUAUUUACAUUUUCCCCCACUGUUAAAGGUACAUAUAAAUUAGGGUAAUCACACAGCCUUGGAGAGAAUCUUGCUUUUGUUGGGCACAAAAAAAAAUGUAGAAAGGUUGAAAGAUCAAGUGAUCCUGCUUAUAUGUACCACAAUCUUCAGAAUUUCUAAUCCAAAUCUCACAGCCAUGUGUUUUGUUCUUCUGUGGCCAGCAAUAACAUUUGGACUUUCCAUGAAUGUAAUAAUUGCUUUCAUCUGCCAUAGCUGCAACAGGAGAGAUUUUUAUUUGCAGGCAUAUCUUCCACUGCUGGCUUACAAAUCAAGUUAGUAUUUUACUCAAUUUACUAUAAAUCCAUGGGCAGAUGUAACAGAUCUAGUAUCUGCAGAUUUUGUAACCCCAAAUACCAAUUCUACAGUUGGAAUAUGUUUUACAUAAAUAAUUCCGAUUUGAUUCUGUUUAAAAAUUUCUAAAUGUUUGGGACCCAGCCUGGCCAGAUCCUGGCAUUUCCAUAGGUGCACUUGGGAUUUACAUGCACUUAAUUUAUCUAUCUUAUUUGCUAAGCAAGUUCAGAGUCUAUAAUGAAGCAUAGGAAAGAAUAAUUCAAGGCAUAUGUAUGAGUUGAAAUAGGUAUGUGGAGAAAAGAAGUGGGCACAGUAAUCAAGAAAACGAAAGAGUAGGAGGCUGUCCAAAUCAAAACACUGGCCAGCAAAGGCCCAUUAAUAUCUUCAGUAUUUUAUUUUUGAGCCUUGAGCACAAACUGCCUAUACAAUCGAGCUGACUUGUAUGUGUGUGUGUAUGUGUUUUAUCUCCUGAAGUAUACUUUAAAAUGAGGUGAACAUUCUCAGGUUUAUGAAUUAUUUGUCUUAGACAUGCAAUAUGCUCUGUUAAGAUCAAAAAUGAAUGAGGAGAAUAAACAGAACCACCUCUACUUCAUUACAACUCUUUUGCAAAAGUGUGGUUUUAUAGUGAAAAAAAUAAAACCAAAGAGAAUUAUUUGCUUGGAAAUGAGUAAUUCCCCCCCCCCUUUUUUUUUAGUUUGUUGUCAAUUUAGCAUGAAGGACAAAAGAGUCGUUCAGGAAACCCCCAUUUUCUACAUAUAUAAAUAAAAAUGACUUCACAAGUGUCUUUCAGUUGUCUCGAUUUCUUUUUCCCUUUGCAACAGCCACAGUGAAUUCAGCAUGUGGCAUUGGAGGGAAGGAGGGACAUGGUAAGAGGGGAAAAAGAGGCUUACUAUGCUGUUUCCUUUAUAUUUUAGUUCUGGUGACUUACUAUUCUGAACUGCUGUGAAUGGGCAUGCCCUUUUUCAAAGGUUAGGGAAUUUCUAUGCCUUUUUCAGGAAAAUAUAUUACAAUCUUUUCACAUUGUAACAGCUGACUCAUAUCUUCAUUAUUGCCUUAGUCUGCUACCAUUGUGUAGACUAUAUAAAGUUAUAAAUACACCCUAAUUCAUGCUACUAUAUAUAGAAAUACAAUAUACAUAAAACAACAAAAAGCUUUAUUGCACUUGGCUUUGUUUUCAUAUAGAAAGAGAUAACAUUUUGCCACAGUGUAUUGAUGUACUGGAUUAAAAUAUUUAUGCAUUAUUUGUUAUUGGAUCCACAAUAUUUUUGCUUGUUUUAAAUUUAAAAUUAUUCCCUCAAACUCUUAAAAAGCUUAAAUUUUAAAAAAUGCUUAUCGCUACAACACGUAUUUCCUUUUGUUAUUGCAAAAAUAGCCAUUCUCUUGAAAAUGCAUAGUUUCUGGUAGAUGGUAACUAAUUCAUUGUUCUACUCUAGAUCUGUUUAAUAAUAACUUUCAACCCACAAUGUAAACAUACAAGUAAAAAAUUAAACCAGUUUCUUAACAUGCAGAAAAUAAAGUAAUUGCAAUGAAUUCUCGGUGGAAUUGUUUGCCGCUGUGAAUUAACAGUUCAAGAGCCAAAUGAAACCAGCCCUCAGAGUCAUUUCAUCCAUUUCUUCAGACCUGGUAUACUUUCACCAAGAACUUUCAGUUUUGUGCCCGUUUUAAUUGGAAGAAAAAGAAACUUCUUCAUGAAGAGUUAAGCAUGAAGCAUGAAGAGUUAACAAGAAACAAAAACGGUUCUCUCAAGUUCUUCCACUCUCUGUGGUUUGCAUAAAAGUCAAAAUUAUGCACCAACACUCUCACUAUUAAGUUGGAAUUUAUUGUUGCAAGGUAGUAGUGCCACUUGCUCAAAAUCAAAACAAUCCUAAAAGAUACCUGACCUUAGUCUGCCAGAUCUCAUCUGCAAACUUAAUUUAGAAGGACCUUGGAAGCCAUACUUAUUUUGGAGGGUACUUAACCAACUCAAAGUGCAAUUUAAGCACUGUUAUUUAGCAGCUAAAUUCAAUGAACUUUACUCUUUGCUUUGACUUGGAAGCGUGGCAGCUUUAGUGAUGUAAGUAUGGUUUCUAAAAUUUUAUUGGGUUCUGAAUGCCUAAGUCCAAAGCUUUAAUCUGCUGUUUCUAAAUGCUUUUUGAAUA